ACAUGCGUUGUAAUAUAGUAGCAGGGUAACGGAAUCCAAUUUAUUCUGUACAGGUAGAGAGGGAGAGAGUGAAGAUGAUGGCGAUGAGAGUAAGUUGCUGCCUAAACCUUCCUCCUCGAGAAAAACCUUCACUCCAUCUCCCUCCUCCUGCCAACACGUUUUCUCAAUUACCUUCAAGGAAAAAGGAAGAAUGUUGGAGGAAGAAGAGUGCGGUGGCGAUGGCGUGCUUGGUAAUUGGAUUGAUACAGGUGACUGAUAUAAACCAGGAAUAUUAUUAUUCAAUUGCCGCAGGUGGCAAAUGGAGCGAAAAGAGAAUGUGUCCGCCAUGGCAUGCUAACUCCCUUGAGACCGUCGUGCCGGAGAAUCUCCCUCGGCCAUCUGCUCGUCGGAGAUGGCAGCUUGUUGCUUUCACCCCCAACCUUCGUCAGCCCCCACCCACAUGUUUCUCUUUGUGAUUAACCUAAUAUUAAAUUAAACUAAUCUCCCAUAACAUCUUAAAUCUAUAAAUCUUUGCUUUAUUAUCAAUAAAAAUCAAUUAUUAUUUCUAUUCACUAUAA